CGUUCGAUCGACUAAACAAAUUCAAACCGACAGAGUCGUUACUGCGAGUUAAACGUUGUUUGGGAGACGGUGGAAGUAGACUAAUCGGAAGACUAGCUUUUGGUGUUGCGUGUAAUUAUUUCCUGACUUUGUUAACGAUGGCUUUAAGAAAUAGGACCGCGCUCACGAAUAUUGUAAAUCAAGAAAAUACAAAGAAUCUUAAGUCUUCUGUGACCACAAUACCUGGGAAGACAAAAAGAGCUGCUUUGGGUGAAAUAGGAAACAAAGUAAAUACAUUAAGAGGCAUAGAACCCAUUGAUAGAACUAGCUUGCUAAUAAAAGACAAGAAACCGAUUAUAGCCCCAAAACAAGCUAUCAAACCACCAGAAAAAGCAACUGAGAAACUACCUGUACAAAUAGUUAAACCUGUAAUAAAGGUUGCAGUUCCUCAAGAGAGUGUGGUAUCACUACCUGCUAAAAAGGAGGUUCAGUCAUUCUCCUCAGAUCUAUUAGCAGUUGAAGAUAUUGAUGAAGAAGAUAAAGGAAAUCCUAGUCUAGUUUCUAUUUAUAGUAAUGACAUUUAUGAAUACUUAAGAACUCUAGAAAGUAUGUAUCCCAUCUCAAAAGGAUAUCUAUGUGGACAAGAAGUUACGCCAAAAAUGAGGAGUGUACUUAUAGAUUGGUUAGUGGAUGUACACCAACAAUUUCAUUUAAUGCAAGAAACAUUAUACCUAACUGUUGCUAUCAUUGAUAGAUUUUUACAGGCUUUUCGCUCAAUAGAUAGGAAAAGAUUACAAUUGGUUGGUGUGACUGCUAUGUUUAUUGCUAGCAAGUAUGAAGAAAUGUAUUCUCCAGAUAUAAAUGAUUUUGUAUAUAUCACAGAUAAUGCAUACUCGAAAGUAGAAAUAUUACAAAUGGAAAUGCUUAUUGUAAAAACAUUAGAUUAUUCUUUUGGUAGACCAUUACCCUUACAUUUCCUAAGGAGGUACAGCAAAGCUGGAAAGGCACUCCCAAUACAUCAUACAAUGGCUAAAUAUUUUCUAGAACAAAGCUUAGUUCACUAUGAAAUGUGCCACUAUCCCCCAAGCCUUAUUGCAGCUGCAGCAAUAUAUUUAGCUUUCCUAAUUAUUGAUAAUGAUGACGAAGACCAGCAAAAGGUUGUCUGGACAAAUACCUUGGCACAUUACAGUACCUAUUCCAAGGACGACGUAUUCCCUGUAGUACGGGAAACAGCAAGUAUUAUAGUUAAUGCAGAUAAAAUUAAGUAUCAAGCUGUGAGAAAGAAAUAUGCCCAAGCAAAGUGCAUGAAGAUUAGUACUCGACCCGAACUUAGAUCAGCAACAAUAGAUUUAUUAGCUACUGCAGAUAAAAGGGCAGUAUAAUAUUCAUUUUAAAAAAUAACUGUAGUGAGAUAUUUGUUUGUUCAAUAUUUCAUUGGACAAAAUAAAUUACAUCGCACAUAGGGUGAUACAUUUUCAAGUAGAAACAUAUGAGAUGAGCAGACUAAAUAAAAAGAGAGAGAAAGACGAGACUAUCUUCAUUUAUCUUCUUUUCCUAUCAUAUUGUUUUCAUAUAAAAAAUGUCAUAAUUAAACAUUUAUUUUGAUAGUUACCAUGAUGAAUAUUAAAAUUAUUUCUAAAUAAUGACUUUAGCUCCAAAAUUUAUUGGAGUAAAUAAUUUGGUAUGAAAAAUAUUCCUACAAACAAGAUUCAGUAAGGUAACUAAUGAUUCCUUACCUAUAAAAUGCUACAGGGAAAAAAUACUUCAAUUAGAAAAUACAGUUGUUUAUCUAUUAAAUUAAAAGUAUGUGAAUGGUAGUCUCGUUUUAAUUACAGAUAUUAGCCUCAAGUAUACAAGUUCUAUUAAAAAUGGGACAUUUUAACUCUAAAUAUUACGGGGUUGCUGUACGAAGUUCGUAAGAAAGGAAGAAAAACUUUAGUAAGUAUUUCCGUAUGAUAUAAUGUAACUUGAAUAUCCUUUAUUCUUGAGUAAAGGUAAUUUGCAUUUUGUUGAAUAAUAUCUGAUUUAUUAAAAACCAGAUACUUAGUAUGGAAAUUACUUAUUAAAGAUUUUUUUUAUCUAUGCACGUAAUUACACAAUUUAGGGUAAUUAUAGAGAAAGUUUUUUAGUAGAGGAGAGAAAAGGAAAGAAGCAUGAGAGUAUAGUCAAUUGAUACGGAAAUAUGUAUAUUUUUGGAUCACUAUAGAAAACUAUCAAACAACGUUUGUCAAAGGAUCUCUGUUUAAAUUCAGUAAAAUUUCGGCAAAAUGAUUAAGGUGUAAAAGUAAUGAAAGCUGAGAAAUUUGGAAUGGAUUUGAUUUCAGUCCAAAAUCAUUUUAGAAAUUAAUACUGCAAUUGACUAUAAAAUUUAAUUAAGUACUAAAGACACGAUAGUAAGAUAGUUAUUUUAGAUUAUAUUUAAUAUAGAUUAUAAUAUAGUUCAAUUAUUUAAUACAAAAUAUUCCUAAUAUAUUUUAUAAAUUAUAGAUUAGCAAAGACUAUAAAUUAGAAAUACAAUAAUUUUUCAACUUUGUAGUCAUUGAACAUUUUGCCGAAUUUUUAUCUAAUUGAAAACAAGAUUUUUAGGUAUUUAAAUUGUGAAUCAUAUCUUUUAUACUGAAAUAUUGAAGAAAUUUUAACUUUUAUUCAUGAUUAUAAAAACAUUUUUAUUUUGAUAUUAGUUCUAUAAAUAGUUUUAAAUGUUAAUGUAUGAAAAUACCCGAGUAUUCCAGACGAUAUUAAUAAUCUAUAAUUUGAUAUCAAUAUUUUCACAAAUAUUAUAUCAAUGAACAUGACUGUUCAUAUCUGACAUUUUGUCAGUGUGCGUUUGGAACGUAAAUAUUGUAUAAAAUUUAUGUAAAGAAAAUUUCAAUAGAAAAUAAAUUGUAAUAAUGUUUC